ACCGUUUACGUGUUCCGUACAAUGUGUACGGAAGUGCUUAUGUUCCACUGCUCGAUUUGUAUGAGCUGUUCUUAGCAGCGACUUUAUGAUGGUUUUUGACAGAAAAAAUCAGCUGGUUCCUCUUUGACGUCAUUCCAGACCGAAGUUUGUAGAAGGUCCAAAAUGAGCACGCAGGACGUACUGAAAAAUGCGUCCACUUUGGCGUCGUAUAACGUGCUGCUGCAGGUGAUGUUCCGUGUUCUCACCUUCCUCCUGAACGCCUUCACGCUGCGGUUCGUCUCUAAAGAGCUGAUCGGGGUGGUGAACGUCAGGCUCACGUUGUUAUAUUCCACGUUGGUGUUUUUAUCCAGAGAGGCUUUUAGGAGAGCCUGUCUGAGUGGAGAAUCAGGGACAAAACGCAGCUGGAGACAAGUCAUCAACCUCCUAUGGCUGACAGUGCCUCUUGGUGUUUUGUGGGCCAUCCUCCUUGGAUGUGUGUGGCUGUGGCUCCUGGAGGUCCCAGAUGCCCAGACGGUCCCUCACUAUGGCCCUGCUGUGGUGCUGUUUGCCUUCUCGGGAGUGCAGGAGCUCCUGGCCGAGCCCCUCUGGGUCUUGGCUCAAGCGCACAUGUUUGUCCGACUGAAAGUGAUCUCUGAGAGCUUGGCUAUGAUCGCCAAGUGCAGCGUCACUGUGAUGUUGGUGAUAUUUGCCCGCGAAUGGGGUCUUUACAUCUUCUCUGCAGCCCAUUUGGUAUACACAGGAUUUCUGGUGUUGUGCUACGCCAUUUACUUCAUUCGAUUCUUGGGCUCUGAAGAAGCAUCAAAGAAGAACUUCCCUCUGCAGCAUAUCAGAGAUCUGCUGCCUUGCAAAGCUGAAGGAGAGCCACUGGUAGAUUGGACCGUGGCCCAGCUCACAUGGAGCUUCUUUAAGCAGUCCUUCCUGAAGCAGAUCCUGACCGAGGGGGAGCGCUACGUCAUGACCUUCCUGAACGUCCUCAGCUUCGGAGACCAGGGAAUCUAUGACAUUGUCAACAACCUGGGCUCCAUGGUGGCACGCUUCAUCUUCCUGCCCAUCGAGGAGAGCUUUUACAUCUUCUUUGCCAAAGUAUUAGAGAGAGGACACAAUGUGGAAAGUCAGAAAAAGGAAGAUGUGGCGAUUGCAGCAGAGGUCCUGGAGUGUUUGCUCAAACUGGUGCUGGUGAUUGGACUGAUUAUCACAGUGUUUGGAUAUGCAUACUCUCACUUGGCUCUGGAUCUAUAUGGCGGCGCUCUGUUAAGCAGUGGAUCAGGACCUGGUUUGCUGAGAUGCUACAGCUGCUAUGUUCUCCUCCUGGCUGUAAACGGACUAACGGAGUGCUUUGUAUUUGCUGCCAUGAGCAAACAGGAAGUCGACAAGUAUAACCUGGUCAUGCUGGCUUUGUCCGUGUCCUUCCUCUUCCUUUCCUACAUGCUGACCUGGUGGUCCGGUGGCAUCGGCUUCAUACUGGCGAACUGCCUAAACAUGGCCCUACGUAUUUCCCACAGCCUGCACUACAUACACCACUACUUCCAGUUCAGUCAGUGGAAACCUCUGCGAGGCCUUUUACCUUCCCCGCUCCUACUGGUGGCGCUUAUUGCCAGCGCAGUCGUAACAGCAGUUUCUGAGGCCGCUUUCUGCUGCGACGGCGGCUGGCUGCUCAGGAUGGUCCAUAUCGGUGUGGGAGGUGUUUGUCUGCUUUUCGUCCUGGUGGCUGUUCUUCUCACAGAGACUCGGCUGGUUCAGUUUGUGAGGACUCAGUUGUUGCACCGUUACAGAAAGAAACACACUUGAUUACACCACAGACUGCUGCGGCUGAGAAAUAAAUAUUUUACAUCUACAAGCAGAUUAGCAACUGAAUAUUAGUUGCUGUCUGUCAAACAGAGGAGACAAUGGAGGAAUAUUUUUUUAAUUGGACUUCAUAUGUUUUUACUUUAACAUUCUUGGGUAGAAUGUAUGACAAAUGUUAUUUCUGUUUCAGGAUCUAAGUAUGGAAAAGAUGAAUGUACAGUUGAUUUCUGUUACCAACCUAUUUUGCAUUGUACAGACUAAAAAAGAGCAAUCUAAUUCAAUGUGAAGUUUAUAAAAUGUUGAGAUGAAUGAACAAAACAAAUUUAAUAAUCAUGGUGCUGAUUCAAUUCAGUUUGGUUUAUUUCCUUAAAGCCAAUUGAAUUUAAUCUUUAGAUAUACAAGGUCCAAUUCAUAUCCUGUACACAGAAUCCACUUAAGGCAAAAUUUUAUUCAAACCGACCCGGUUCAGCCCAGUCAGUUUCAAAUCCUGUUACAUACAGUCCAUUUUAAUCCUAGUUAUAAUCCAUUACAGUAAUAACUAUACAGCAAUAACUGUGUUGGCAACUUUGUCCAGGAAAGAGGCACAGCUAAACACAGAACUACUGAGCCAGCAGUAGUUUCCAUGAGUUCUUGGCUGUGAUAGCUCAGUUUAUGAGUUUCUCCAGGAAAGAGACACAGCUAGAAGAAGACACAUGAUGCUCAGCCAGAAUUACUUUCAAUGGCAAAGAAAGUAAACUUAAUUAUUGGCAGCAAUAGGUCCAUCACUGGCUUUGUCUGGGAACCAGAACCAGCUGUACACAAUCCCACUGAGUCAGCAAUUCUUUUUAUGGGAAAGAAAUACAUACUAUGCAAAGACAUUGGGAGCAAUACCUUUUGGUAAUGGCUUCUUCCAUUAGAGAGAUAGACAGAUUAACACAGAGCUCUUGCGCCAGGAGUACUUUCAGUGAGAAAGGACAUCAGAGAGUGCAUAGUUAAAGGAAAAAAACAGACAAAACAAAAACAACUUCUUCAAAUAGAGAGAUAUAAAUCACAGGUGUGUAGGGUCAGCAGUUGUUUCUAUGGGAAACAAAAAGCAAACGAUACAGAAGGUUAAUGACAACAGUAAUCUGUCAAUGGUCUUAUACAGGAAAAAGACAUAGCUAAACACAGAAGUCCUGUGCUAGUAGUACUUUCUAUUGCAAAGAACAAGACAGAUUUAUUGUCAGUAACAGCUUUGUCAUUGGCUUUAUUUAGGACAGUCAAACAGCUCACUACAGGAACACUGAGCUGGGAGUACUUUCUAUGGGAAAUAAAAACAAAGACGAGACAAUGUCUGGGUGUUUUUUGAAGUAAGAGACACUGAUUAGUAUACAGUGACUGGACCAGGAGUAUCUUACAUAGUUAAUGGUAACGGAUGCAGAUAAUUAUCAUGACUGACUGACUGACUGUUUUUUUUUUUUCAGCAACAAAAAGUAAAAAACGCAAAGCCAGCAGGGAGGGAGAGUUUGGGCAAAAAGAGAAAUUUAUCAGCAUUUAGUGUGAAUCUGAGGCUGUGCUUUCCCACUGCCCUCCUACUCUUUUAGAUCUAAAUUUUACAUAUUUGGGAAGUUUAAAGCAUCACUGAAUACAUUUCAAUAACAUAGUGAUCGCUUUCUUGACCUUUGUGUUUUCAUAGUUUGGGACUCAGUUUAUGAGGAAUACUGCAAUCAAAUGUUACAGGAACGGUUCAACGAGUUUGAGGUUUUGCUGGGAAACACUUUGCUGGUGCGAUGUAUUUAGAUUAGUCACAAUCUAAACAGAGAUGUCAGUUUGGUAAAUGAGCUGGAGUGGGUGGGAAAAGCAUUUUUUUUUUAACAAGGGAAAUGUGGGUUUAAUUUACUGUCUGAUUUUCACCAAUAUCUGUAAGAGUAAACAUUAGUAAAGAGUCUGCCAAGAGGUUCAAUGUAUUAAAACACACUGUUAUCCUCUUAAAAUUGUGCUUAGCGUUAUUAAAAAGCAUUUCCACGGAAGCAAAGUGCAAAAGAACAGAAUAAAUCCCAUCUUCCCAUCUCCAGGAUUUGUUAGGUGAAGUUUAAUGACACAAGCUUUAGCUGUGAUCUCAUCAUUUUGUUAUGAAACUGGAGAUGGGAGGAGCCUGCUCACUUAUGUCCUGAAAGCAGAUUUAAUGUUCACUGGGAAAUCAUUGCCAGAUUGUCUGUAUAUGUGAGCGUGUGCUGGGAGGCAGCCUACCAGAGAGACAACUGACAGGAAGAGGAGAACAUCUACAGCUGAGUACCUUCUUUUUCAUGACCACCAUGUCUCAACCUGCACAGGAAGAUGGACAAACGCAGCGUCCUGUAGUGAGAGAAGAGGACCUGACUGAAGCAAAGACCAAACUUGGUGGUAGUGGGACAGUGAAGAGCAAGACUUUUGAAGUGAUGGAGGAAUGCG